GGCCGCACGGUUUGACGCACUUCGCGUGUAGUGCACAUUGCACGUCGAAUUUCCCGCCAGGACAAGCACUGCUUAUGCUGCUGGUGACACUGGGGGUCGUGUUAACGUUGACCGAUGUACAGCUGAUGUGCUUUUUUGCAGUAAAUGAUCUUUGCAAAUGGUAGCAUAAAGCAACACCAUCCGCCAUGGGCUCCCUUUCGUUUUUGACAAGACAAGUCUUGCACUCCCCGCCUGCAAAGUUUGCCAUCUUUUUGCUGGAAAAGACAGCCCAGGUUGCCGCCGAUGGUAUCGAAGCUGUCUUCGGCUUUGAGAUUGCGUCACAGGUCGGUCCAGUCACGAGCAGCAACGAGCAGGCCCAGAGAGACGAGAAAAGUGAGCCUGAAGGUGCAGCGGUGGCGGGAAAAGUAGCCGAGCCUGGAAAUACAUCCGACACUGCUUCAAGGGAAAAUGUAGGAUGUCUUAUUCGGGCCGCUCAAACAGCAGCGAAACUUCUUCGAAAUCUUCAAAACUGGCUGCAGUCUCUGCCCGGCCAGGAUCCCCCUAUAUGCACCGAAUCGCCCAGUGCAGUCGCAGAGGACCGACGAUAUGUGGUUGCCAGGAAACGGGUGGAGGAGCUGGGCUUGGCUACCAGAGUGUUCCGGGGCGCCCUCUAUGCCUUGACGGAUACCCUGGAUUCGAUCGGGGUGAGAGCGAGCUUCCUGGAGCAGGCCAAGGGGACUCUUCAUGUCUCCGGAGACAAGUCUAUUGACUGUAGCCCUGUCAAGGAGAUGUCCACCCUGUCUCCUCGCAAGCGGAAGGAGUUUGAAGAGAGUGAUGAGGAAGCAGAAGACGAUGAGGACGAACUGGGAACCCUGGAGCAGCUGGAGAAGAGCUAUGAUUCACAAGAUGAUGAGGAUUACAAGCCACCGCGUGAGGAGGAGCUGAGUACCGACUCGGAGGAGUAUAAGGAAGGGGAGACAGAGAGCGAGGAGUCCGGGCAGAGUGAGGAGGAACACCCCGAGGACACGCUCCCCAAUUACCGCACCGACAUGCCAUUUACCCGGUCUGCUGCGAAAGCGGGCAGCACCGUGACUUCCCAGACCCCCUCACAGACCGCCCGAAUGGUCCUGGACCCGAGAAGUUCCGAAACCCUCGCUGACGGCAAGAUCGCCGCAAACUCAACGCCCGAGACUACCGCAGGUCUCGACACCAAGGAACCUGCAUUUGAGGCUUCCGCGGAGCCACCUACCCAGGACCCGUCCAGUAAAACAAAAGCGAGCAAUCUGAAUGGGGAGGAGGCAAAAAGCUUCCCCCAACUCGGCCCAGCAAAGAAGAACUUGCCCGUGUCAGCCCGAACCCCGUAAGGAAAGUCGAAGUAUCAAUCCGUGAUGGAACUUCAAAAGAUGAAAAUACAGGCCGUAUCUUUGUUUCAACCAAGAAAUAAUUAAGUGCUAAAAUAUUCAGUUAGUCUUUACAAAAAAAAUUGAGAGAGUAAAGUAACCUCAGAACUGAAUUCUUACAAUUUGUUUCUCCUGCACGAGUGCAUAAUUAUGCAGAUGGUGCAGUUCUGUAUUUAAUCGUCCGUUGAGAAAUUAUGAAGGACUGUAAGUUAUCUGAUCGAUGAAAUUUGAAAUUAUUUAACGAGACAUAAUUGUGGAAACACUGGACUCGACAAGGAAAGGCAAUGAGCCAAAUUGUAGGAAGUGAGGAUAAAAGAUAGAAAGAAUGACAAAAUAAGAGGAACAGGAAAGGGUAAUGCUUUUAACUUUUCUUCUAAUUCUGAAUUCUUAGUCCCAUUACAAACUCCUCCGAUCAUUUAUGGCUCAUCAGGUUUGUAGGCUAUUCACUUGACAUUUAAAUGCAAAAAACCCGAUGACAGAUAUGACCCGAUAUCAGUCAUUGACCUGAUGGUACUGACAGUUGAACAGUGCUAGGUAAAGAGGAAUGCGUUUGCAUUUACUCGAUCUUAAAGUUGCUGGCAUUUUGCUAACAUCCACGGGAAGCCGCUAUUCGACUGAAUAAAAGGAAAGUGUGUUCUUGGAAUAAAGUAGCCAAUGGCACAAUUUUUUUUCUGAUUGUUUA